CGGCGUGUUUCCGGCCAGUUCCGCGCCUGCGCAUUGCAGUGUGAAGAUGGCGGCGAUUUGGGGUCGGAUGUUUCGCCGGAGCCUGAGCGGUGUCGGACAGCUGUCUGCAGCGGCCGCGGCCGCGGAGCACCAGGGGGCAGCCCGUAUGUGGAAGAUUCUGACGUUUAUUGUUGCGAUUCCUGGUGUAACUGUCUGCAUGUUGAACUGCUACCUGAAGGCACAGCAGCACAGCCAUGAGAGACAUGAUUUUGUUCCUUAUGAACACCUCCGCAUCAGGACCAAACCAUUCCCUUGGGGUGAUGGGACGCACUCAUUCUUCCACAAUCCCCAUACCAAUCCUCUGCCCACUGGCUGGGAAGAUGCAGAGGAACAUUGAAAAUUUGAAGCUGAGAAGACUGGCCUUGUGUUUAUGAACCAUUUCUUCACAUCUAAAAAGAUCAUGUGAAUGUGUGCAUUAUUUUUAAAAAGCGAAUAUGUAAUGUGUUCACCUUUAAUGAGGUAACACCAUAAUAAAUAUACUGUGAAAAAUUCAA